AUGAGUCUCACCAGCCUCUGUGAUGCGUUGCAGAGUCCGAAAGGCAUCACACGGAACUGGUAAAGAGGCCGACCAGGAACCGUAAAGGCUGUGUAUUCCUUGCUGCUCGUGUCCAACUCAAUCUGCCAAAAAGCGAACUUCAAAUCCACGCUGGAAAUGUAGUAUGUUUGCUCAAUUCUGGACAGGAUGCCGUCUAUGCUGGGCAACGGGUAAGCAUCUUUGAUGGUCACAUCAUUAAGCUUACGUGCGUCUAAGCAGAACCGGUGUUUUCCAGAUCUUGACACUACGGUGGUGCGGUUACUCCAGGGGCUUUUGCUCUCCUCGAUGACUCCGAGCGCUAGCAUCUUGUCGACCUCGUCCUCGACCACCUUCUGCUUCGCGGGAGACAUCGGAUAGGGUCGAUCCUUGAACACUUUGGCUCCGUCCAUCAGCUCAAUAAUGUGUUUCUCCAGACUGGUGGUACCUAAGCCAUCCCUCUCGAAAGUCAAGAACUGCUGCUUGAUCUCCUCCAGCUCUUGUUCCUCGGCCUUGGAAAGCGUCCAGGACUCGGGAUCGGGUUUCUCCUCAUCGUCAUCCUCGACUUCCGCGUAGUGUUCCAUCUUCCUGGCGUGUAAUUCUUCGGCCUUCUUCACGCCUUCCGAAUUUAUGUGGCCUAUAAUCGCUGGGGCCAGUCCGAAUGCUUGCCAAAAAUCAACUCCAAAAUAAGCUGGCUGCUCCAGAGGCCGUACGGACUGCGGAUAAGUACUUCUGGACGGGCACAUCCAAGGCCUCGACCAGCUCUCUGCCACCUUUUCCAAGCAGACUCACACUCGCUCCAGUGUCCAACAACCCCGUCAGUUGCUUGGUCAGAACUCGGACUGCGGCGAACGGUCUGGGAUCUCGCGAUAAACUGCGCCUCACGGCGGCCACUGCUUCGCGUCGGCAGUUCCGACGUUUGCGAAAUCGCUCCCUGGCCUUUUGCACCUUACGAGACACCAUACGCAUCCCGCCCAACUGGUGCUCUGAGAAGAUCCUGUUCCUGGUCUCUAGAUACCGUCGCAUCCUCUCCGCAUAAGCUCUUCUUCUCUGCGGAACUCCUGUUUGGACGCAUCCUCUCCGCCCUCGGAUCGCCCAGCCGACCGUUUUCCGCACAAUCCGGACAUUUGG